AAUCGCCUGUCUGCCGCCAGUUUUCUCGAGAGAUUCGCGUCGCUCGCAACACAGCACGUCGUCGCGAGCUCGCGUCCCCCUGAUUCGCGUACUUUAUCGUUCCGUCGGUGCUUGAAAAUCGAUCGGUUAUCAACGAUAUUCGAUGAUUCGGAAUAAAAAAACAAUAAAAAUUAGGCAGCGGUUAAAUAAACUGACAAUUCGAACGUAAUAUUCGUUUAUUUUGGUAUCGCGCACUCGCGAGUGCAGGUGCUAUAUUUAUUUUUUCAUAUCCCGCGAGAAAUAAUUCCGAAGGACCAUUCGGAAAAUAUAUUUCUCCGUGUGUGCAGUGGUUUAUUAUUAAUAAAUAUUGUGUGUGUAUGUGUGUGUGUGAAAGAAAAUAAUAAUAAUAAAUAAUAAUAAAUCAACGAGGCAAAAGAGCUUGAAAUACACUCUUGUAACGCAUAUCUGAUUAUCAUGUGCAGACGUACUUACGAGGAGAUAUCGUAUGGAUACGCGAUUGCCAUUGACAUCUCGAGACUCGCGAGAGAUGUGUGUAUGUAGCAGGAUAAGAAUGACGAACAUAUUUAGAUGAUAAAGAAGCGAACCAGAGAGAGAGAAAGAGAAAUUUGGACUUUCCGUCCGUACAAAUUGAUACAACUGUUUCAUUCGAACAGUAAUCCCGGGCGAGGAUCGUAUACAGCUAUUACACGGCGAACUUACUACCCAUCAUCAUGUUUGUUUUGAAAAGUUUGCGCAGAAAAUUCUCAUCGAGAAAGGAACGAAACGACGUCAACAAGAUCAGGCCUGCACAGCCUGUGGCCGCAGCCGCAGCACCACCAAUGCAGCAGCAGCAGCAGCCGACCAGGAGGAGAAUCGAGAAAUCCGCGACGGUGACCGCGACCGCAGCCGCGACGAGGACAGCGGCCGGUGCUCGCGAUGCGGCUGUAGCCGCCGCCGCGGCCACAGUGGCAGCGAGAGCCAAUUCCGUUGCCGCCACGGCUGUAACAGCAGCAGCAACGACGAGGAGCAAGAGUUUUCACGGGACUCGACCGAAUCCGGCCGAUCCGGACUGUCAUCAUUGCAGUCGUCGCAGCAGCAACACCAGCAGCAGCAGCAGCAGCAGCAGCAACGACGACAACGGAAACGACGACGAUAACGCAGCGUUAUCCAUUACGAACGUGAACGACGACUCCUUGCUCGACGUCGACGAUUGUCAAAAGAACGAAGCAUCGGAGGAGCAAGGGCUAGCAGCCAAAGCAUCGACGUCGUUGACGACCAACGUAUCCACGUCGCCGUCCUCUACCACUACCACCACAACCACCACCAGCGCGCGACGUAAUAUCUGCGCCUGCUCGAACUGUCGCGGCCUGGCCCAGCUCGUCGAGUGCGCCGUCUGUCUCGAGUGCCUCCAGGGCGGCCAAAUCCGCUGCUGUCCCGUUUGCGCCAACGCCGUCUGUCAGGGUUGCGCGGGCCGCCUCAAGCACUGCGCCUUCUGUCGCUCGGCUCGGCCCCUCGAGCCCAAUCGGGCCCUCGAGCGUUUCGUCGAUCGCCUCGUGCUGCCCUGCCGGAACGCGAGGCAGGGCUGCGCGCGCGACUGCACGGGCGAGACUCGCCGCGGCCACGAGGCCACCUGCCGCUACGGCCAGAUCGAGUGCCCGGUGGGACGCACCACCGUCAAGUGCGGCUGGCUCGGCACGACCCGCGAGAUCGCCGAGCAUCUGGACGAGCAUCACAAGCUCAGGGUGCUGGAGGGCCGCGCGUUCGCCCUGGAGAUAGGCCAGUUCCGGGCCAAGAUCAGUCACGAGACCAGGGGCUGCAUCUACACGAUCUGCCUGAGCUGUCACGAUCAGCUGUUCGUCAUCAAGAUCCAUUUGAAGCGGAUGCAGCUCAGGCUCAGCUGCGAGAGACUGGGUUGGACCCGCGAGCUCGACGACGGCCUCGCCGCCGACGAGUCGUCGUCGCCUGCUGCUUACGGGAUCGCCGUGCAGACGUCCUCCUCGUACGAGUGUCGUCGCAAAGUCAAGUUCUUCGUGCCCAUGGGCAGAUACGAGCGAGAGGUCAAGGAGUUCACGGUCGACUGCAAGAAGCUGCUGCGAAAAGACCAUGUGACCGAGGCGCCGCCAACCGACGAUUGUCCGUGCGGCGCCGGUGAUAAUCACGACAUGGUGAAAAUCCAGAUGAGAGUCAAGAGGCUCGACGAGAACGAGAAGAUCAACGACAAUAUCUUCGUGGAUCACAGAUCGGCGGGUCUCGUCUCGUCGGUCGAUCGUCUCAGAGGACGUUAGAUGCCCCUUUUGACGAGAUCUUUUUUUGUUUGUUCCAAUUACUCCUAUGAUUGGUGAAACUCGUUUGUUUUUCCUGCUUUUUUUUUGUUUGUCGAGAGAAUGGCAACGUUACGGAAUCGAUUUUGCUUCGUGUCAUUUUCGUCGAAAAUCACAAAACAAAAUUAAGCUCGUGUUUCGUUUUUCGCUCGAACAAAAAAAAAAAAAAGAGAGGAAGACGCAGAGAAAAAUAUUUUGUUUAACUCGUUUCGAUCGUUAAAUUUUCAAAAUACGGAGCUUGCGAAGCUUUUUCUUGUUACACGGCUCGCGCCGUUCUUCGGCCUCGCGCUUUAGACAACCAUUACAAUUUUUUUUCGGCCCGAGGGGGAGUUGUAUAUAUAUAAUUCUAUCGCAACGAUUUCAGCUUUGAUAUGAUUCACAGAGAUUUUCUUAGCAGCUCCGAUCCGCGCGCACACAUAUAUAAAUUCGUGAACGUGUUGCGCAAUGAUCAUCAAAAAGCGUCGAGAAUGACGACAACGAAUUUUUUUCACACUCGACUUUGCGAUGAGAUAAGUAAAAAGAAAACAGCAAGGAAAAAUGCGCAAAUCUGUGUACGCGGACGCACGUUUCUAAUGAGACUAUAAGUGCUAAGAUGAAAAUUCGAGCGCAAUUUGUACAACCAAAUUGAUGUAUAUAGAUUUAUAUAGUUUAAUAUAAAAGUUAAGGUAUGUAGUUAAAUCAAGUCGUGUAAAUAAUUCUAUUACAUAUAGCUUUAGUUUGGUUAAUUCAAGUGUGAUUUUUUUUUUAAUUUACCAAAUAGAUAUAAGUUACCUAGAGUUUACCUUGAAAUAAAGCGAAAAGCAAAAAUAAUUCAACAAGAAAUUACACAUUUUGCAUUUUAUAGCUGCUUAAACAGAUAACUCGAAUUUAAGCAUCAUUGAUUUAUUAAUCGUUUGCACUGUUAGCUAUUAUUUAAAUCAGAUACCUUAUAAGUUACAAUUUUAUUAGUUUUGACAACCGAUUUUAGGAAAUCUGAAUAUAUUGUAGAAAAUAAUUAAGUAAAAUGCAUAGAGCUCAUUGUUAAAAUGAAAAAAUUUAUUUGUAUUUUUGUUAUUUAUACGUGUUUGUGUAAAAAUGUAAAAAAGUAAUUACGUUAGUUUCAAUGCCAAAGCGCAUCUAACACUAUUUGUACAUAUCUAUGUCAAAUCAUUGUUUGAUAUAUCAAUAAAUUUCUAAGUUUCAUUAA